CACGAUAUCCUGACACGUGUACCCUAUGCCGUCGGUUCCUAUGAAGGAACCGACGCCAAAGGGUCGAUCUCUGAAUAAACCCUAUGGCUCGUCUUCCUCCUUCAUUUCACUCAGCCAUUUCCCCACCCAGCAAAAACCAGAGAGAAAAAAACCCAGCAAAAACCCUCGCCGAACCACCUUCCCUCAACCAUAUCUCCCCCAUUUCUCAACCAUUUCAUCCCAUUUUUUUUUAAAAUCCUCCAUUUUCGAUACUUAAUAACAUACACCUAAAAAGUUCCGAUUUUUUAGCCUCUAAAAGUGUCAGUCGAACCCAAAUAGUAAAUUUUGGGUGUGAAAUCCGGCCACCCAUUUUUGUUGAGAAAUUGUUCAAUCUCAACCUCGUUUAAGUGUCGGGAUUUUUUACGGUGGUCGUCGGAUUGCGGUUAUUAGGGGUUCGGCAUAAUUUUGUGUGUAGCGUAUUUGGGCUUGCAAUUAUAGACAUGGCGAACUCAGAAUCAGGAUCUGAUUCGGGAGCAGAAAAUGAGUGUCCAACCACAAUACCUACACGAGGGCCGACGCAAAUGAAUGAAAUAUCCAAACUAAUGGAUCAGGGCAAAAGAGUGGCCCUCGAAGUUAAUGAUAAAGGUCAAUACUGUGGAAAAAGCUACGCGAAGCUCGUAUCCACUCUGGGAGUCAGAUGUCGGCAGACAAUAGGGUUGGCUUAUAAAAACUGGAAAGAAGUCAACCAGACUCUGAAAAAUAAAGUUUGGAAAGACAUUCAGACGGGGUUCAUUGUGCCGGACACCUUCAAACAUGAUUGUCUCAUCCUAGCUGGGAAGUUAAUGAAAGACUUCAAGAAUAGGAUGACAAAAGACAUCAUAAUGCCCGCGUUGAAAGAGAAUGAUCUGGGACGACUGGCACAAGUCCCUGAAAAGCACCCGGAGAUCGACGCUGCUGAUUGGUGCAAAUUUGUUGAAAGUCGACUAACUCCUGAAUUUCUGGAAUUGAGUAAGGUGCAACGUGAACGUUCCUCAAAAAUUCAAUCCAGACAUCGAAGUGGUCGGAGUGGAAUGGUGAACGUACGGGAAGCUGUGAAAAAGGACCUCGAAGUUGCAGAUCCUCCCCGCCACCGUGUUUGGAUUAAAUCUCGCACCAAGAGUAGAAAACUUGUCACUGAUUACGACAAGGAAAUUGCCGAGAAGAUAGUAAGUAUAUAUUAAUCCUUAAUUGACUUCUACUCAUGAGUUAGUGUAUAUAAUUCAUAUACUAAUUGCUUGAAUAUAUGCGUGCAUUAGGCUCAACUAGAGGAGAAGCUUAGUCAGGGACAAAUUCAGGUCCAGGGCCAAAACGAUAUCCUCACGCAGGCGCUCGGGACACCAGAGCAUCCUGGACGUGUCAGGGCUGCUGGGUAUGCUAUUACUUCAAAUGUUAUUUAUUUAGUUACACAAAUGAAAUCGUUGCUAAUUUGCAUUUUAUG